GGUCAAGUACGCGGCCCGGUUUGGCUCCUUAACUGGCAUGACGCAUCUCCAACAUGAGAGAGAGCAUGGAGAAACCAAAGACGAAGAAUAUAUAACAACCAACAUUUCGCUUGAAUAGACACAACGAUCACUAUACUUCUCAUUCAGUGGCCGUAUUGCAAUAAUUUGCCAUGAAGUCCAUCCUCAACUACGCCGCCCGAGGCAUCAUGGCCCUUGCAGCUGUGAUGCCCGCUUCCGCGCAAAACCUCUCCUACGGCGCCGACAACUUCUACCGUAGCGAAGACGUCGCUAUCCAGCCCAUCCACUUCGAGACUGUCUACAACACUACCAUCGUCGGCAAUCUCUUCACUGCCAGGAACGCAAGCCUCAAUGCCAGCUCCCCCGCCAUUGUCGUCGGCCAUCCCAUGGGCGCAGUCAAAGAACAGUCCGCCAACUUGUAUGCCACCAAGCUGGCAGAGCAGGGCUUCAUCACGCUGACCCUCGACCUCCCCUUCUGGGGCAGAAGCGACGGUCCGAAGAACAUCGUAUCCCCCGAUUUCUACACCGAGGCCUACAGCGCCGCAGUCGAUCACCUUGGUACUUACAACUUUGUUGAUCGUGAUCGAAUCGGUGCUCUCGGAAUUUGCGGCAGCGGUAGCUUUAUCAUCAACGCAGCCAAGAUCGACGCUCGCAUCCAGGCCGUCGCUACUGUAUCCAUGUAUGACAUGGGGACUGUCAAUCGUCAGGGUCUUCGAGGAGCCAUAUCGGCCGAGCAACGCAGAGCGGUUAUCGCCAAUGCCUCGCAGCGGAGAUGGGCUGAAGCCGACGGAGCUCCAACUGAAAUCACGGGCGGGACUCCGAACGAACUCACAAGCCAGUCUGAUGCUGUCUCUCGUGAGUUCUUCGACUUCUAUCGUACCGCCCGUGGCGAGUUCACUCCCGAAGGCUGGCAGCGCAACCAGACUACUAGCCCUUCGCUCGUCACCAAUGUCAAUUUCCUCAACUUCUAUCCCUUCAACGACAUCGAGACCAUCUCCCCUCGCCCACUUCUGAUCAUUUCUGGCGAUCAGUCACACUCUAGGGAGUUUAGCGAGAAUGCUUAUCGUGCGGCCGGCCAACCCAAGGAGCUUUACUGGGUGCGUGGGGCUGGCCAUGUUGAUCUCUACGAUCGUACUGAGAUUAUCCCUUUCUCUAAGCUCAGCGAGUUCUUCCAGGAUAACCUCGUUUAAUACUUAGAGCAGCAGCUAUAGAAAGAUCCAACGUUCAUUUCUACAAGGCGGUCUUCCGCAGGUUCAAUUGAAGUUCCGUGGGAAUGACCUUGACGUUUCGCAUUGUCGAACCUUUUCUCCUUCUCUAGAUAGAAAUAGCAAAUUGUUCACUCCAAGUUAAAUAGAUUAGAACUCAAGCCAUUAAAUCUUUACCUGACAAAUGUAAGCCAUUUGCAGGUUACAUCGUCAU